CGGCGCAUAUUGGCUCGGCGACACGCCGAGGCUCCUCCCCGAGUCUGGAUCUUUAUAUUUUGGGAGAAUUUCUUUGAACUCAGUGAGCGAGCUCUCGGUGAGGACGUUAAGUUCCCACUGCCGCCUGGAGAGGCCGGGGCUCCCCCCCCACCCCUCCAACAUCCCACCAACCUUCUAGCUUGCCGCCGCCGCCGCCGUGCGCCCUAGUCGUACAGCUCCCGUCCCUCGUGCAGGACGGACAGACGGACCUGGCCGAGGAAAAUGCCAGGGAUUUGGAUGUGACCGUGGGAAAGAAAAGAAAAAAAAAAAAGGUGGUGGUGGGAACGUGUGACUGGAGGAGCCAGAAGAGGAUGAGGAGGGGAAGCGUUAUCUAAGGAGAAUAAGCCAUCACUCCAACCCUUUCUGCAAAUUGGUGCUAUCACUUCUGGGGUCCAUCUGCCUUUAUUCUUCCCAACCCCCAAUUAAGAGAUCUUCACUCGUGGACCAGCCCCAACUACAGGAGGACUCCGGGUCGGCAGACCUUUUUGGAUGUAACGUUGUUGGAACCUAUAGACCCUCUCCUCUGGAAAAGCCACCAUGAAUUCCGUAGCCGGGAAUAAAGAGAGGCUGGCGGUCUCCACCAGGGGCAAGAAAUACGGGGUGAACGAAGUCUGCUCGCCCACCAAGCCCGCGGCGCCCUUCUCGCCGGAAAGCUGGUACCGAAAGGCGUACGAAGAAUCGCGCUCCGGGAGCCGGCCCACCCCCGAGGGCGCGGGGUCCGCUCUCGGCUCCUCGGGGACCCCAUCCCCGGGCUCGGGCACGUCGUCGCCGAGCUCCUUCACGGGCUCCCCGGGGCCCGCCUCUCCCGGCAUCGGCACCAGCUCGCCGGGCUCCCUGGGAGGUUCUCCCGGCUUCGGCACGGGAUCCCCGGGCUCCGGCAGCGGCGGCGGCUCCUCCCCCGGCUCGGACCGCGGCGUCUGGUGCGAGAACUGCAACGCCCGCCUGGUGGAGCUGAAGAGGCAGGCUCUCAAGCUGCUCCUGCCGGGGCCCUUCCCGGGCAAGGACCCUGCUUUCUCAGCCGUGAUUCACGACAAACUCCAAGUCCCCAACACCAUCCGCAAGGCAUGGAAUGACCGGGACAACCGCUGUGACAUCUGCGCCACACACCUGAACCAGCUGAAGCAGGAGGCCAUCCAAAUGGUGCUGGCCUUGGAGCAAGCAGCUGGCAGCGAACACUACGAUGCUUCUCCUGGCUCCCCACCUCCCAUCUCCAGCCUCCCCUCUCUGGUGGGGUCCCGGCAUAUGGGAGGGAUCCAGCAGCCCAGGGAGUGGGCCUUUGUGCCUGCGCCCUAUGCCACCUCCACCUACACAGGCCUCAUCAACAAGCAUAGCAGCAAACCCAACAGCCUUGGGGUCAGCAAUGGCGCAGAUAAAAAGAGCGGAUCCCCAACCCACCAGGCCAAAGUCAGCCUCCAGAUGGCCACCAGUCCCAGCAAUGGGAACAUCCUCAACUCGGUGGCUAUUCACGCUCACCAGUACUUGGAUGGCACCUGGUCCCUUUCGAGAACCAAUGGAGUCACCUUGUAUCCUUACCAGAUCUCCCAGCUGAUGACAGACACCGGCAGAGAGGGACUGACCGAGUCUGCGCUGAACCGCUACAAUGCCGACAAGCCCACGGCCAGCAGCGGCCAGACCUCGCAGGGCUCCUGCGUGGCCAGCGAGACCUCCACGGGCACCUCGGUGGCUGCUUCCUUCUUUGCGCGAGCCGCCCAGAAGUUAAAUCUGUCUUCUAAGAAGAAGAAACAUCGGCCUUCCACUUCUUCCGCUGCGGAGACACCCCUCUUUUCUACCAGCUUCAGUGGGAUCCUGCAGACCUCACCUCCCCCGGCCCCACCCUGUCUGCUGAGGGCUGUUAACAAGGUGAAGGACACCCCUGGCCUGGGCAAGGUCAAAGUCAUGCUGCGGAUCUGUUCCACGUUGGCCCGCGAUACCUCGGAGUCCAGCUCUUUCUUAAAGGUGGAUCCCCGGAAGAAGCAGAUCACCUUGUAUGAUCCCCUGACUUGUGGCGGUCAGAAUGCCUUCCAGAAGAGAAGCAACCAGGUUCCUCCUAAGAUGUUUGCCUUUGAUGCCGUUUUCCCCCAAGACGCUUCUCAGGCUGAGGUAUGUGCUGGGACAGUGGCCGAAGUAAUCCAGUCUGUAGUGAAUGGGGCGGAUGGCUGUGUGUUCUGUUUCGGCCACGCCAAGCUGGGGAAAUCCUACACCAUGAUUGGAAGGGAUGACUCCAUGCAGAACCUGGGUAUCAUUCCCUGCGCCAUUUCUUGGCUGUUCAAGCUAAUCAAUGAGCGCAAAGAGAAGACCGGAGCCCGUUUCUCUGUGCGGAUCUCAGCGGUAGAGGUGUGGGGAAAAGAGGAGAACCUUCGAGACCUGCUAUCUGAGGUGGCCACGGGCAGCCUGCAGGAUGGCCAGUCCCCGGGCGUGUACCUCUGUGAGGACCCUAUCUGUGGCACACAGCUGCAGAACCUGAGUGAGCUGCGGGCCCCCACGGCGGAGAAAGCGGCCUUCUUCCUGGACGCCGCCCUCGCCUCGCGCCGGAGCAGCCAGCAGGACUGCGGGGACGAAGACCACCGCAACUCGCACACGCUCUUCACCCUGCACAUCUACCAGUACCGCAUGGAGAAGAGCGGCAAAGGCGGAAUGUCUGGAGGCCGCAGCCGCCUACAUCUCAUUGAUCUCGGCAGCUGCGUGAAAACUCUUAGCAAGAAUCGAGAAGGAGGCUCAGGUCUUGGCCUCUCGCUGUCUGCUCUGGGCAACGUCAUCCUGGCUCUCGUCAAUGGCAGCAAACAUGUCCCAUACAAGGAGAGCAAGCUCACCAUGCUGCUGCGGGAGUCCCUGGGGAACGUGAACUGUCGCACCACCAUGAUCGCGCACAUCUCGGCCGCGCCUGGGAGCUACGCGGAAACGCUCUCCACCAUCCAGAUUGCAUCAAGGGUCUUGAGGAUGAAGAAGAAGAAGACAAAGUACACGUCGAGCUCCUCUGGGGGAGAAAGCUCCUGUGAGGAAGGGAGAAUGCGCAGGCCCACACAGCUGAGACCUUUCCAUGCCCGGGCCCCAGUGGAUCCCGACUUCUCCCUCACCCCGCUAUCCAGCGAUCCCGACUACUCCUCCAGCAGCGAGCAGUCCUGCGACACUGUCAUCUACAUUGGGCCAAAUGGCACGGCCCUGUCUGACAAGGAGCUUACCGACAAUGAGGGACCCCCAGACUUUGUCCCCAUCGUGCCAGCCCUGCAGAAGACCAGAGGUGACAGCAGACCUGCAGAGGUGGCAGAGGCUGCAGCUAGCAAGUCAGAAAGGGACUGCCUGAAGUGCAACACGUUUGCCGAGCUGCAGGAAAGACUAGGCUGCAUCGACGGCAGUGAGGAGCCCAGUAAGUUCCCCUUCGAAGAGCUGCCCAUCCAGUUUGCGCCAGAGCAGGCGGGAAGAUGUGCCUCCUUGAGCCAAGCGGCCGGGUCAGACCUGCUUGGUGAGUCUGAUAAGGAAGAAAAUGGUUCCGAUGGUGACCGGGAAGGUGCAGAGCUCCCAGCCUCCAAGAUGCGGCAGAACCACUCCCCAGUGCCGACCGCCACGGGCAGCAACAGCCCCGGCCCGGCCUCGCCCCGGAGCAUCCCAGGUAGCAGCAGCCAGCACAGCGCCUCCCAGCUCGCACAGAGCCCCAGCCUGCAAAGCAGCCGCGAGAGCCUGAACUCCUGUGGCUUCAUGGAAGGCAAGCCCAGGCCCAUGGGCUCUCCCCGGCUGGGCAUCGCCAGCCUGUCCAAGACCUCAGAGUACAAACCCCCUAGCUCGCCCUCCCAGAGGUGCAAAGUCUACACCCAGAAGGGCGUUCUGCCUUCCCCGGGCCCACCGUCUUCUCUGAGCAAGGACUCUGGCAUGGUCUCCAGUGAGUCUUUGUUGCAGCCGGAGGUGCGUACUCCCCCAGUUGGCAUGAGCCCCCAGGUUUUGAAGAAGUCCAUGUCUGCCGGGAGUGAGGGCUUUCCCGGAACCCUGGUUGACGGGGACCAUCCUCAGGAAGCCCCUCCCGCAGACUCCGAGAAGGAGAUUCUGAGCACGACGAUGGUGACGGUGCAGCAGCCGCUGGAGCUGAACGGGGAGGACGAGCUGGUGUUCACGCUGGUGGAGGAGCUGACCAUAAGCGGCGUCCUGGACAGUGGCCGCCCCACUAGCAUCAUCAGCUUCAAUAGCGACUGCUCCGUGCAGGCCCUGGCCUCGGGCUCACGGCCCGUCAGCAUCAUCAGCAGCAUCAGCGAGGACCUGGAGCGCUACUCCAGCAUGGCUCCCGUCUCCGAGGUGAGCAUCACGCAGUUCCUGCCCCUGCCGAAGCUGGGCCGGGAUGAGAGGGCGCGCGAAGCGGGCAGCCGGCGCUCCUCCAUCAGCUCCUGGCUGAGCGAGAUGAGCGCAGGGAGCGACGGCGAGCAGUCGUGCCACAGUUUCAUAGCGCAGACUUGCUUUGGGCACGGGGAGGCCAUGGCAGAACCCCCGGCCUCAGAGAUCGUCAGCAGCAUCCAGAACACCGCUGUGGUGUGCAGAGAGAAGCCCAAGGCAGGCCCCGACAACCUGCUCAUCUUGUCCGAGAUGGGGGAAGACUCGUUCAAUAAAGCCACUCCCGUGAGAGGCUGCAAAAUAUCCACCCUGGGCAAGGCCAUGGUCACCAUUUCCAACACAGCCGGUCUGAGCAAUUGCGAAGGGUACAUCCCCAUGAAGACCAACAUCACGCUUUACCCUUGCGUUGCCAUGAGCCCCCGGAAUAUGCAAGAGCCCGAGUCAUCCACGGCCACCCCUAGAGCAGCCCCCAAAACAGCCCAGUCCCAGGAAAGCAAGGAAAUGAGUGCAAAGAAAGAAACGAAAUUUGAGGACCCCUGGCUCAAACGAGAGGAAGAGGUGAAGAAAGAGAAUGCGUAUGCCAGUGAAGAAGGGAACAGGUGUGAGACUGCCACAGGCCCCUCAAAGCCCGAGGCCCGGUCAGAGCCAGAACAGGACAGUAAGCCCAGUGCAGGGGACAGGCUGAGCAGCAGCAGCGGAGAGGUGUCUGCCUCCCCGGUGACCGACAACAUUAGGAGGGUUGUGGAUGGCUGUGAGAUGGCCUUGCCUAGCUUGGUGGCCCAGGGCCCAGUGCAUUCCAACAAAAGCCUGAAAUCUAGCAGCCUCCCGAGGGCGUUUCAGAAAGCCAACAGACAUGAGGAGCUGGACAGUCUCUUCUGUCACUGCGCGGUUGAUGCCAAGAGCUUCGCUGGGGCCCUGAGCACCCAGCCUUCAAAGGCACCCCUGGAAAGGAAGGUGGCCUCCCCCAAGCACUGCGUCCUGGCUCGGCCCAAAGGGACACCUCCUCUGCCUCCUGUCCGCAAAUCUAGCUUGGACCAGAAGAACCGAGCUAGCCCCCAGCAUAGUGCCAGCAACAGCAACACCAGCAGCCCCCUGAGCCAGCCCACCACCUUCUUGGCCUGCUUUCCCGACGAGCCCGGCAGCAAAACCAAAGACAUCAGUAGCAGCAGUAAGCUCUUCAGUGCCAAGCUUGAGCAGCUGGCCAGCAGGACCAACUCUCUUGGCAGGACAACAGUCAGCCACUACGAAUGUCUGUCCCUGGAGAGGGCAGAGAGCCUGUUCUCCAUGAGCUCCCGCAUGCACGCCAGCAAGGACAGCACCAUGCCCCGUACCGGCCGGAGCCUGGGCCGUAGUGCCGGCGCCUCGCCACCCAGCUGUGGCACCACCCAGUCAGCGGGGACCUCGCCCAAGACCGGCCAGUCCAAGAUGUCAGCCGUGAGCAAGCUCCUGCUGGCCAGCCCCAAAGCGCGCAGCCUGUCCACGUCCACCACCAAAACCCUGAGCUUCUCCACCAAGUCCCUGCCGCAGUCGGUGGGCCAGAGCUCCAACGUGCCGCCCAGCGGAAAGCACAUGUCCUGGUCCACGCAGUCCCUCAGCAGGAGCCGGGGCUCCGGGCUGGCUUCCAAGCUGCCCCUGCGAGCGGUCAACGGGCGCAUUUCCGAGCUGCUGCAGGGCAGCGCCGGUGCCCGGGGCACCCAGCUGCGGGCGGCGGCGGCGGCGGCGGCGGGCCCCGAGGCCGAGGAGCGUGCGGGGGCUCCCACGGAGGACAAGCCCGCCCCGCACCUGCUGCCCUCGCCCUACAGCAAGAUCACGCCGCCGCGGAAGCCGCACCGCUGCAGCAGCGGCCACGGGAGCGACAACAGCAGCGUGCUGAGUGGGGAGCUGCCCCCGGCCAUGGGCAAGACCGCCCUGUUCUACCACAGCGGGGGCAGCAGCGGCUACGAGAGCAUGAUGAGGGACAGCGAGGCCACCGGCAGUGCCUCCUCGGCCCAGGACUCCAUGAGCGAGAACAGCAGCUCCGUGGGAGGGAGAUGCAGAAGUCUGAAAACCCCAAAGAAACGGUCCAAUUCAGGGUCUCAGAGGCGGAGGCUCAUCCCAGCCUUGUCCCUCGACACCUCCUCACCUGUCAGAAAACCUGCCACCAGCACCGGCGUGCGCUGGGUGGAUGGCCCCCUGCGGAGCACCCAGAGAGGCCUUGGGGAACCUUUUGAGAUUAAAGUCUAUGAAAUUGAUGACGUGGAACGUCUGCAGCGGCGACGAGGGGCCACCAACAAGGAGGUCGCAUGCUUUAACGCCAAGCUGAAGAUUCUCGAGCAUCGGCAGCAAAGGAUCGCUGAGGUCCGAGCCAAAUACGAGUGGCUGAUGAAGGAGCUGGAGAUGACCAAACAGUACCUGAUGCUGGACCCCAACAAGUGGCUUCGUGAAUUUGACUUGGAGCAGGUGCUGGAGCUAGAUUCCCUGGAGUACCUAGAGGCCCUAGAAGGUGUGACCGAGCGCCUGGAGAGCCGCGUUAACUUCUGCAAGGCCCACCUCAUGAUGAUCACCUGCUUUGACAUUACCUCUAGACGCCGAUAAGGACCGGCAGGCCCGGGCCACCAGUCCCUCCCCCCUCCCCCUCC